AUGGCAUCUGCUGUUACAAGUUCAUUAUUUCAACAACAACCACAACCUCCUACAUAUAUUUUACAAAGUUGGCAUCGUGAACAACCAACAUCUCAUGAUGCAUUUUUAAUCGAACAAGUAUUUCUAAUAGGACCGGAUGCAGCUGUACCAAGCUCAAGAUUACGACAAUGUAUAGAAGAUGUUUAUGAACAACGAGCACAAGCUCUUAUUAUUGUUAAUUAUGAUCCAUGGGAAAAAAUACCACCAGUUAAAUCAAAAUCAAAAUCAAAAGCAACAUCAACACAUGAUCUUCCAAAAACUCAUGUACAUUAA